UCGGUUAUGUAAUCUGGGAGCCCCAGUUCGGGGCCCGCCUCCGAACCAAUGGGGGCUCGCAGAGCAGGCAGCGGUGGCCAAUCGUGAGGCCCGGGGGCGGAGCCGCGUCACGUGGCGUGAGGGGGGCGCGGCGCCGGCGGCUACCCGGCACGCGGCGGGCCUCGGGACUCCGCCGCCGGGCGGGACCUGGUGAGCAGUUGCGUGAGGGGCUUGCUGACGGCGGUAGUGGCGGCGGCGAUUGCAGCGGGCUGGACCGCCAGUGAGUGGAGACAUCCAAGAUUGUUUGGAAACACUGGAGAGAAAAGUGCCUUCACAUGAGCAGAGAUGAGUAAUUGCCGGUUUGUGAUGACUGAUAUUUUUCUCUAAUACAAUGGCAUGGACGCAAAUGAGAAAAAAAAUUUUGUCGCUGAUUGCAAAGUAAGAAAGAGGCAGGCAACAGAUUAAGGACUGCUGAGCGAAAGAUGGACCCCUGUGAAGACCUAGAAAUGUCCAGCGGAAAAUCUCAGGACUCCAGGGGGAAUGAACUUAAGGAACUUGAAGGACCACGGGCCAGAGGUACUGAGGCCCUGGGGAAGGAAUCGGACGAGAUGUGGAGCCAGAAAUAUCAACUAAAGAGCAAAUACCUGGAGAGCGGCAACAGUGAACAGCAAGAGCGAAACAGAGUUUCUGAAGAGCUUAUCAUGGUUGUUCAAGAAAUGAAAAAAUACUUCCCAUCAGAGAGGCACAAUAAACCCAGCACUCUAGAUGCCCUCAACUAUGCGCUGCGCUGUGUCCACAGUGUGCAAGCAAACAGUGAGUUUUUCCAGAUUCUCAGUCAAAAUGGAGCACCUGAAGCAGAUGUGACCACAUACAGCCUUGAGGAGCUGGCCACUAUUGCUUCAGAGCACACUUCCAAAAACACAGAUACCUUUGUGGCGGUUUUUUCAUUUCUGUCUGGAAGGUCAGUGCACAUUUCUGAACAGGCUACUUCAAUCCUGAAUUGUAAGAAAGAUUUCUUGGAGUCCUCUCAUUUUGUUGAACUGCUUGCCCCUCAAGAUGUGAGGGUGUUCUACACACACACUGCCCACGCGCAGCUCCCCUUCUGGAACAACUGGACCCAAAGAGCAGCGUCCCAGUACAAGUACGCUCCAGUGAAGUCCUUCUUCUGUAGAAUCCGGGGAGGGGAGGACGCGGAGCAGAAGCACUACCACCCUUUCCGCAUCAUCCCCUAUUUGAUUCACGUCCGCGGCUCCGCCCGACCGGAAGCUGAGCCCUGUUGUCUCACCCUGGCUGAGAAGAUUCAUUCUGGUUACGAAGCUCCUCGAAUCCCAGUGGAUAAAAGAAUUUUUACCACAACACACACUCCAGGGUGUGUUUUUCUUGAAAUAGACGAAAGAGCCGUGCCUUUGCUGGGAUACCUGCCUCAGGACCUGGUUGGAAUGUCUAUCUUAACGUAUUUGCACCCAGAAGACCGUUCUCUGAUGGUCGCCAUACACCAAAAAGUCUUGAAGUAUGCAGGCCACCCUCCCUUUGAACAUUCGCCCAUUAGAUUCUGUACUCAAAACGGAGAUUACAUCGUCCUGGAUUCCAGUUGGUCCAGCUUUGUGAACCCGUGGAGCCGGAAGGUUGCUUUUAUCAUCGGUCGGCAUAAAGUUCGAACAAGUCCACUCAAUGAGGAUGUUUUUGCUAACAGAAUUAAAAAGAUGAACAAUAACGACAAAGACAUAACAGAAUUACAAGAACAAAUUCACAAACUUCUCUUACAGCCAGUUCACGUGAGUGCGUCCAGUGGCUACGGGAGCCUGGGAAGCAGUGGGUCCCAGGAGCAUCACAUCAGCAUAGCAUCUUCUAGUGACUCCAGUGGGCACUGCGUGGAGGACAGCCAGAAGGAACCGUUGACUUUGCAGCAGGUCUAUGCCAGCGUAAACAAAAUUAAAAAUCUGGGUCAGCAGCUGUACAUUGAGUCAAUGACCAAAUCACCAAAGAAGCAAGCGAUGAAGACGCGCACAGGACAGCUUGGUGGUGAACAGAAAGCCUUUUCUUCCUUCCAGACGUUGAAAAAUAAUAGCCCGUACUCGGAGUCUUGUGAGGAUUUGAGAAAAGAUCAGCAUAGUCCAUCCUAUCAGCAAAUAAAUUGUAUUGAUAGUGUUAUCAGAUACCUGAAGAGCUACAACUUUCCAGCUUUGAAAAGAAAAUGUAUAUCCUGUACAAACACAACUUCGUCCUCAGAAGAAGACAGACAGAACCACAAGGCAGAUGAUAUCCAAGCAUUGCAAGCUGUUUCUCAGAGUCCAGCCAUGCCCAAACCAGAAAUGCCAACUAAUGGACGGUACCCCAAUGGCGAAGGAGGAGCCGUGCGGACCCUGCCCACGGCAGCCCUGAGCCUGGGCUCCGGCGUCAGCCAGUGCAGUUACAGCAGUACCAUCGUCCACGUCCCACCCCCAGAGUCAGCAGAAAUGACUCUAGCAGAGGAUGCCACCCCAGCCUGCGAGCCCUGGGCCCACAGCACACACCCAGCUCCGCUGAGCCCAGAGGAUUUUAAGCAUGUCGGGCUCACCAAGGCUGUUCUGUCAGCCCACACACAGAAGGAAGAGCAGAACUACGUUGAUAAAUUCCGAGAAAAGAUCCUGUCGUCACCCUACAGCUCCUAUCUGCAGCAAGAAAGCAGAAGCAAAGCGAAAUUCUCAUAUGUUCAAGGCGAGUCCGCUUCCAAGCCGAGCAGAUCAGCCGGCUGCAAGAAGGGGAAGCACAGGCGGAAGAUGCUGCCCGUGCCACUGGACAGCCAUGGCGCUAAGGGCGCCCUCUGUCCCCCCGGCGGAGGAGAGGUCCAGAACACGCCACUCUGGUGCCCUGCCCCGGCUUCUCCUCACGCCCCCGGCCUGUCGUUCCCGGCCACAGUGAUGGUUCCCAGCCCGGCCCCUUAUCUCGCACCAGCGUUUCCCCUCCCAGCUGUGACCUCUCUGGGUGGAGAACACGCAGCCUCAGUAACUGCACUAGACUGCCUGCCCUUAUCCAGUGGCUUGCGGUCUUUUCCGGCCCUCCCUGCUCCUCACUUAGGUACUUUCAUGACCGUUUUCCUGCCUGCCCCUCCUGUGUGUCCUCUCUCGGCCCCAUCAUUCUCUCCAUAUCCGUUCCGGGAAGCACCAGGCUCUUUGGAAAUACCACCCUCAGUGUCAGCAAUGGCUCCAAGCCUGGAAGCGCCGUCUCCAGCCGUCAGCCACAGGCAAGCUGCGGACAAGUGGGAAGCCCAGAGUGGAGAGCCCGCGUUCCUGAACUCGAGGAGCAGCUCGCCCCUGCAGCUCAACCUGCUGCAGGAAGACACGCCCAGGUCCUGCGAAUCCGCAGAUCAGAUGAGAAGGGACAUGUGCCCAGAGGCAGAGUGUCCGUGUGUGAUUGGCAUCGGCGGGAAUAAGAACAGUCAUUUUACUGCCAGGGACCCGUCCACGGUGCCCCUUCUCGGGGCAUCUCCAUCUGGGUCUGGCUCUGCAGCUUCAGGAAGCAGUGACAGCAGUAUAUACUUUGGUAGUAGUGAUUAUUCCUCAGAAAUCACCCCAAACGGGCAGCAGUCUCAGGAUGUACCGAAAAAAGAAGCAUUUCCCAAUUCAGCUGAAGAGUCCAUCUGGAGAAUGAUAAAACAAACACCUGAAUGCAUUCUAAUGACAUAUCAGGUACCUGAGAGAGUUAAAGACAUUGUCCUGAGAGAAGACCUGGAGAAGCUGGAAAGCAUGCGGCCACAGCAGCCACAGUUUUCUCACGGGCAGAGGGAGGAGCUGGCCACGGUUCAUCCUUGGAUUCAGAACCGGACCAUCCCUCAGGAGAUAGACACGCAGGGCUGCGUCACUUGCGAAAAGGAAGACUCAAUUGGUGAUGCUGUAGAGUCCUGUGGUCAGGAGCCAGCAGAAGACAGCAGCUGAGUGACCCUGAAUAUGUGCCCGCACACCCCCUCGGGCACCUGCCGCACAGCUGGACAUCUUUGUGUCUCUAAACCCCUGACUCUUAAAUGACCAUGACGUUAUCGUUGAAUGUUAAGGUUUUUCCUUCUUGGUUUUUCAAUAGACAACCAUUUUUCUGAAGCAGACAUUGUACAUAGAAUCUUUUACUUGUCCUUGUUCCUGUCUUAAGACUAUCUCUGGGCUCUCUUUGUAGUUUAGCUGUCUUCUCAGGAGAUUGGAUGGCUUCUAAAAAGGUGUGUGUGCAGCAAAACUUUAUUUCAGGUGUCACCCAAAAUGAACUCUAGUUAGACACAUAGCUGGAAAACGCCCCAAGCCUUAGCCUCGCUAAUUUUGUUUUAUUGUUACAUAAAUCAUUUCCCCCUGUUAGAGUAGGAGAAGAAAUCCCACCUGUGGGCCACAUACUUUUCAUAAUGGUUUCAUAAAUUCAGCAUCUGGUCUUUGCACAGCUUGAUGCUUCUCCUCCAUAAUGAAGAUCAAACAUUAUAGUUUUCUUAAAACACAAGUCACUUUACUAUUUACCAAGAUUAAAAUAUACUGCCCAUAGAAAUACCUAGUUCUGAAGGUUUGAAGGUUGCAUUUUGACCUUUGUUCUUAUAGAUGCCUUUCUUUUUGAUUUUCCACUUUCCACUGAAAUCCUUAGUCUUAUCUUAAAAAUCAAUCAGCUUACAAUGAGCUUAUUCCUCAGAGAAUUCAAAGUAGCUUUUGCUCGUAUCAUUUUAAAACAAAAGAGCUUCUAACUCAAUGGCAUUUCCCUUUUUAAUGUUUUUGUUUUUAAAAUAAUGAUUGUAAAAAUAUUCAAAAGUUUUGUUAAAAAUUAAUAUCGUUUUUAUAUGCGUCUGUGUUUAAAUGUGUUUAAACCAAAACUGACAGUUAACUCCUUCUUUCCAACCAAUUUACACAAAAAAAGGUCUCCACCCCUGCCAGAGGCCUGAUUGGCACUGACUUUGGUUUGCCCUUAAACAGGGGUAAGUGUUGGGGGGCUGCACAGUGAGAAAGGGGUCUGCAGGAACUCAGUAGUCCUAGCCAAGGGGGGCCGCAGAGCCUGCUGUCUACACCCACUGUAGUCGUGUCUUCUAAGAAGAGUGGGUUCUUUACAUCAUCAGUUACCUCCCUGUCCUGCAGAGAAGUUGAUGGCUCCUUCCCAGACUUGGAGUGACAUGUGCAACUCACACCCAAGUAGUCCAGAAAAAGCAAAUAGAAAAAAUGAAAGUUAUAGUAACCUUUUAUCUUUAUGUAACAUGCAACAAACUAACUUAUUUUUCUUUGUUGUUGUGUUUUUUGUUUGUUUUAUUUUGUUUUAGGAAAAUACUUCUUCCUCCUUUCUAGUUUUAUAGCUUUUUAUAAAAUGCAUCCUGAUAAUAACUAGGAAAAUGGACCUUUUUAUCCGCGAUGACUGCUGGGCCCUGAUUCUCGAUCCCCGUAGCUUAGAUUUUUUCCUAGAAGGUAAUUCUCUCUUAAGGUGUCAGAACCAUUUUCAAAUGCUGCCUCUCACAUUUCUUGGAAUUUUCUACUAUUAAGCAGUUCCAUGCAAAUAUUCCUGUUUUAUGAAUGAUAACUCUCAUAUUUUACUCCAUCUUGAUGGUUAAAUAAUUUCUGAAGCCCUUGUUGUGUUGGCCAAGUUAUGUGGUCUUUUUGCUUUUGGUGGAAAAAAUCGGAUUUGAAAAUAUUAAUCAUCCUGGAAUAUUGUCCAUCAGCAGAAUCAUUGUGACCUUCUGUAGUGAUAAGAUUUUUAAUUUGUGUAAGUCAGAAAUGGCAUGAAGCUGUCAGCGGAUGAUUCUGCAUUCGUGUAUGCAUAUUUUAAACCUUAUGUUCUCUAGUAAUACAUGCCCUUCUCUUCCAUUCUUUCUGGAUAUUCCUCUAAAUCUGCUUACUUCUUUGCCUUAGUACACGUUUUAUGGAGUGUACACUAUAUUAGGCUUGAUUUGAAACCGGUGCUUGUUGUAGGCAGAUCUCUAAAACCACUUAGUAUUCUCGGAUUUGGACAGGUAGACUCGUUGGUGCGUUUAGAGACUGGACCGCGACGCUCCCACUGCCGAAUGUGAGGGAUCGAGGCCCAGCAGUGCCACCACCGCCCCCCAAGGGGGCUCGGCCCAGUUGUACACUUUGUUGUUCAAGUUUAUUAACUUUUUGUAUUAAUGACUAUAGAAAUUGGUGAUAAGAAAUGUAUAUUACAGGCUUCAAUGUUUACAUAUAUGUUACCCAGAAGGCUGUAUUUUCUUGUGUAAGAGGUCAGGAUUUAUGAAAAACAAUGCUAUGUGAACGGAAGCGUUCUGCAAUUCAGUCAAAUUUCAUGAUAAUUCACAAGGUAAAUGUAAUGCAAAUUGAAAUUUUGUUUCAACUGAAUUUAAAAUCAGCUGUGUGAAUUUGCUUGUUUUUAAUGGUUAUUAAUAUUUUACUUGGGUAUCUUUUUUAAGUAAAAACAAUAAAUAAACUGUGUACAUAUAAAACUU